CCGCCCCCCCCCCCCCCCCAGCUCCCCUCCCCUGAGUCCCGGGUGCCCGGCUCGCGCGGCUCGGUGCGAGGAGAGCGGGGACCCCGCGCUAGCCAGCCCGCCCGCCCCUGCGUCCCCGCCCCGGCGUGCGAGGCGCCGCGCCCUCCUGCUGCCCUGCUCUGUGCAUGGAGGGGCCCGUUCGGAUCGCAGCCGCCGCCGCCGUAGCCGCCGCCAGCGCGCGGGGGAUGACCUGGGGGUGGUUUUCGGAGCCGGCUGCCGCGCAGGAGGUCCGGGGACUGAGUCUGCCCCGCUGAGAGUGAGCCAAAGCCUGGAAGUCUGUCCUGCCUGCUUCUGUAAUCUGGCGCUAUGCAUCCAGAUCCUCGGCCCUUACAGACACUGCUGUAUGUUGUUACUCUUGCGAUUCUGUGUCCUUCCGUGAAUUCAGACUUGGCACCGUCUUUUAUUUCUGAGCCACUGUCCGCUGUCCAGAGACUUGGUGGACCCGUAGUACUCCAUUGUUCUGCUAAGCCUGUGACCGCUCAUAUCUCAUGGUUGCAUAAUGGAAAAAGACUGGAUAGAAACAUGGAACAGAUUAAGAUGCAUCAGGGGACUUUGACUAUUCUGUCCCUUAAUCCCUCCCUUUCGGGUUCCUACCAGUGCGUUGCCAACAAUAGCAUCGGGGCAAUUGUGAGCGGCCCUGCAACAGUAUCUACUGCUGUUCUUGGUGAUUUUGGUUCACCAACAAAGCAGGUUAUUACAGCGGAAGAAAAAAGUACCGGUUUCAUUGGCUGCAAAGUACCAGAUAGUAACCCCAAGGCUGAGGUGCGCUAUAAAAUCCGGGGAAAGUGGCUGAAACAUUCCACAGAGAAGUACUUAAUCCUUCCAUCAGGGAAUCUGCAGAUUCUGAAUGUAUCUUCAGAGGACAAGGGAUCAUAUAAGUGUGCAGCUUUUAAUCCUGUCACUCAUGAAUUAAAAGUUGAACCCAUUGGCCGAAAGCUUCUUGUCAGUCGCCCUUCUUCAGACGAUUUUCACAUUCUUCACCCCACCUUUUCACAGGCACUAGCUGUGCUUUCUCAUAGCCCCGUCACCCUGGAGUGUGUGGUGAGUGGGGUCCCAGUUUCUCAAGUGCACUGGCUGAAGGACGGUCAGGACGCUGUGCCGGGAAGCAACUGGCGAAGGUUGCAUUCCCAUCUUGCCACAGACAGCAUUGACCCGGUGGACUCUGGAAACUAUUCUUGUAUAGUGGGAAACAAGUCUGGAGACGUAAAACAUGUGACUUACAUGGUUAAUGUGCUUGAAAAUGCUUCAAUUUCUAAAGGACUGCAGGACCAGACAGUCUCUCUGGGUGCCACAGUACAAUUUACUUGUGAGAUUCAUGGGAACCCAACUCCAAACCGUACCUGGUUUCAUAACGCACAACCUGUUCAUCCUUCCCCACGACAUCUAACUGUAGGAAACAGACUGAAAAUCAGUGGUGUUACCAUGGAAGAUUCUGGGCUGUAUCAGUGUGUAGCAGAUAAUGGGAUUGGAUUCAUACAGUCUACUGGGAGACUUGAAAUUGAAAAAGGCAGUGGACUCAAGCCAGUUAUAAUUACAGCACCAGCAAGUACAAAGGUGGUAGAUGGAGACUUUGUUACUCUGUCCUGCAAUGCCACUGGCGUGCCAGUCCCAGUCAUGCGUUGGUAUGACAGGCACGGGUUGAUAACCAGCCAUCCGUCUCAAGUGCUCAGAUCAAAAUCCCGGAAAUCACACUUACGACCUGGGGGCUAUGACCUGGAGCCUGUCUACUUCAUCAUGUCCCGAGCUGGCUCAAGCUCUCUGUAUAUUCAGGCCAUCACUCAGGAGCAUGCUGGGAAAUACAUCUGCGAAGCCGCAAAUGAACAUGGUGCCACACAGUCGGAGGCAGUCCUCACAGUUGUUCCUUUUGAAACAAAUACAAAAGCAGAAACAGUUACACCUUCCAAUCCCACUCAGAAUGAUAAAAGAGAUGGUUCAGAAGCUGGAUUAUUGAGCUCAUUUCCAGGGAAGAAACGCUCCAGCGCAGUGGAAUCAUUGCCAGAGAAAAACACUAGUGGUGCCUCUGUCCCUGAUGCCCCCAUCAUUCUGAGCCCUCCGCAGACCUACACAUCUGAUACGUACAACCUGGUCUGGAGGGCGGGGAAGGAUGGCGGGCUGCCCAUCAAUGCCUAUUUUGUGAAGUAUCGAAAGCUAGAUGAUGGCGUUGGCCUGGUGGGAAGCUGGCACACAGUUCGAGUCCCGGGAAGUGAGAAUGAGCUCCAUCUGACAGAACUGGAGCCAUCUAGUCUCUACGAAGUUUUGAUGGUGGCAAGGAGCGCGGCAGGUGAAGGGCAGCCCGCCAUGCUUACCUUCCGAACCAGCAAAGAGAAAACAACCUCAUCAAAAAACACCCAGGCGUCCUCUCCACCCAUGGGCAUCCCUAGGCGUCCUGUUGUUUCAGAGGCUGCGGACAACUUUGGGGUGGUACUUACAGAUUCCUCUAGGCAUAGUGGAGUUCCAGAGGCACCAGAUCGGCCUACCAUCUCUACGGCAUCAGAGACGUCCGUCUAUGUCACUUGGAUUCCUCGGGCCAAUGGGGGUUCUCCAAUCACUGCCUUCAAGGUCGAGUACAAACGGAUGAGGACUAGUGAUUGGCUGGUGGCAGCUGAAGAUAUCCCUCCUUCCAAACUUUCUGUGGAAGUUCGUAGCUUAGAGCCAGGUUCAACAUACAAAUUUAGGGUUAUUGCCAUCAACCAUUAUGGUGAGAGUUUUCGGAGUUCGGCAUCUCGUCCUUAUCAGGUGGCUGGGUUCCCCAAUCGUUUCUCUAACCGUCCAAUAACUGGACCCCACAUUGCUUACACUGAAGCUGUCAGUGAUACGCAGAUCAUGCUGAAGUGGACGUACAUUCCAUCAAGUAACAAUAAUACUCCCAUUCAAGGAUUUUAUAUCUACUACCGGCCAACAGAUAGUGACAAUGACAGUGAUUACAAGAGGGAUGUUGUAGAAGGUUCAAAGCAGUGGCACAUGAUUGGCCAUCUGCAGCCAGAAACCUCCUACGAUAUUAAAAUGCAGUGCUUCAACGAAGGGGGAGAAAGCGAGUUUAGUAACGUGAUGAUCUGUGAAACUAAAGUAAAACGUGUUCCUGGAGCUUCUGAGUAUCCCGUCAAAGACUUGAGUACCCCUCCAAAUUCCCCAGGAGGUGGACGAAACGUUGGGCCUGCCACCAGCCCCACCAGAAGCAGCGAUAUGUUGUAUCUGAUAGUUGGCUGCGUGCUGGGUGUCAUGGUCCUCAUUCUCAUGGCUUUCAUCGCAAUGUGCCUGUGGAAGAACCGCCAGCAAAGCACCAUACAGAAGUAUGACCCUCCAGGAUAUCUCUACCAAGGGUCAGAUAUUAAUGGGCAGAUGGUGGAAUACACUACUCUGCCUGGCACAAAUCGGAUAAAUGGGAAUGUUCAUGGAAGCUUCAUAAGUAAUGGAGGUCUCAGCAAUGGCUGCUCCCAUGUUCACCAUAAGAUCUCUAAUGGAGUCAAUGGAGUCAUGAAUGGGAACUUAAAUGGAGGGCUUUACGCAGGACACACAAGCUCACUAACCAGGACGCAUGUGGAUUUUGAACAUCCUCGUCACCUAGUAAAUGGUGGUGGGAGGUACACAGCAGUACCUCAGUCGGACCCGCUGGAGCGCGUUAGCUGUCGAAAUUGCCGGAACAACAAUAGGUGUUUCACCAAAACCAGCAGCACUUUCAGCAGCAGCCCCCUUCCUGUGGUCCCAGUGGUAGCACCUUAUCCUCACGAUGGCUUGGAAAUGAAGCCCCUCAGUCACAUGAAGGUGCCCGUAUGUCUGGCUUCCACAGCCCCCGACUGUAGCCAGUCACCGGAGGAGAGCUUCAAAGAUGACAUGGCACCAAGACCUCAGCAUACUUGCUGUCAGGACAAUAGAAAUGACAUCGACAUUGAGUGCACAGAAGAUACAGCAGAGUUCAGCAGAGGAGACAGCUGUGUCCAUUCAGAAACAGAGAACAAAAUUUUAAGUCGGAAUCCUCUUAUUUUGCCACAUGGGUCAAAGGACUGUACCGAAAAGACAGCGUGGUCUCCUCCCGGCAUUCCUCUAGACAGCCCUUCAGGGGUCCUUCAGCAACCCCAAGAAACCUGAGGAUGUGCGUACGACUGGUCACGCUCCCACUUCAAGCCAGUACCUGCACAAAACAGGCCUGGGGAUGGACUGUGUGAAGGACAUUCAUUCAAAUCAGAGAAAAUCGUUAUUUAUUUUUUGUAGUAGUAAUGUCAUAUGAAUGUAUCUUAAAUUGUGUGCCCUUUUUUAUUAUUUAUGCCUUAACAAUUCCUAUUCCUCCCUCCCCCUCAGUAGGAAACCUAGUUUUGCGUAGUUUUCAAUCAUCUGAGAGCAGUGGUAUCAUUCCAUGUUUCCGAGAACCUCAGUGACCAGAAGAGCUCCUCCUGCAAGGAUCCAGCCUCUUGGCCGAUACCGCUUGAGAGGGAACUGAUCUGGCUGUUCGAAGUUUUCAGAUGGAAAGCUGGCUUUUGAUACUAUGUUUAUUAUUAUUGAGAACAUUUGAAAUCACCCUCAGCUGUCACCUAGUGUUUACAAUAGCAGGUCUCUUUUGUAUUUUAGGAGUGCCUUCCACAGAAGUGAUAGGGGACCUGUUGACUGUCUGCACAUGGGCACAAAUUAUGUUCCGUUUUCUAGACACUAGUCACAAAGUGUCAUGAACAUGGUUUGAGGUUAAGGUCUGUGGGGUUACUGCAUUUUGCAGAGAGGGAACCAGGGCCAGAGAGAAAAAUGAAUGUCCUCAGGUCCCACUACCUUAAAAUUGGAUCGGUUUAUAAAAUCAUCACUGUGGGGCUCUUUUUGACUGUUCUGAGAGUAGGAACAACAUAAGUUUAAAGUGGCGACUUGAAAAGAAAGACCCACAUUGUGCUCCCGGUGUCAUGACACCCGAAAAUUAUUAUUUUCCAGCUUCCAACAUGGGCAAUGCUUGGAAGACGUGAAUGUCAGAAAAGAUUUAAUUUGGAGGGAAAGGGGUAUGGUCUGAAAUUUCCUGACUUUUUUCAGAAUGUCGUCAUUGUAAACAGGCACCUGAAGCUUCGGUUAGCAGAGCUCAUAAAUCACAGUUACUGCUCCCUCUGAGUGACGAGGACAUUUGCAGCUGCCUUUGGAAGGCUUUUCUUCUCCACAUCUAAAAAAAAAAAAGAAACAAAAGCUCACAAAAAAACACUACUACUAUUUAAUAGCGAUUUUAAUAGCUUUUGAGUCAAGCUUUAAUGGAUCACUGCUUAUUUUUGGAUUGUGCAUCCCUUGGGGGGAAAAAAAAACAAAAUGAUUCUCUUUAUGUAGAGUCAAACAGUUUCAGCAUAAAUGAAAAAAGCUUCUUUCCCAAAAAUUGCAGUGAAAUAGACUAGAAUACUAUGUUAAUCAACUGUUUAUGUAAAUGCAUCAAUAUUCCCUUACAUAUGUCUAUAUAUUUUAUAAAUAGAGCUGUUAGCGAAAUACGCUGUUUGAGCUGGGUCACUAUGCGAGAAUGUCUUCAAGUGGAAUGUAAUGAAUAUAAUUUCAGGGUCCGGUAUUAGGGGUGCUGUAGAAUCAAAUUCUGCAUUCCAGAUGUCCAUACCUAUAGUAUGCUGGAUUUAUGCUUCAUGUGGCGUAGAUACAAUUGGCUCUGGAGGGGGAUAUCUGCAUCCCUUCUGUGAUUAGCAAAGGACGGAGUCCUAGUGCACAGAAUAUGAAAACAUGCCCUGCGUUUGCCAGCCAACUCACAGCCAUGCGGUCACAAAGGGAGUUUGAGAAAACUGGGAGUAAAUGUUCGUAGGCAGUCAUUUUGAUUCAGGAAACAGAGGUAUAUUAGCAUGAGCCUUAGGUCAUAAACUGCUUUUAAAGAUUGAGUUUGAAUAUGGGAUUUGUCCACCCGGUAGAGGAGACAACUUCUACCUUUAGGGCAAACUCAUUGUGGACUGCUUUAUUUAUAUUAUUAGUAACGCUGUUUUAAGUGUUAUCCCUUUUAUUGUAUUUUAUUUAUAAAAAAAUGCCUUUAUAUAUUGAGACAUAAAUAUAAAUAUAAAUAUAUAAAUAUAUAUAUAUAUAUAUAUACAUACAGUUGCCGUAUGGUUCAGGAGUUCUGCAUUCUCCCUGACCUUGAGUUAUUCUGAACUUGUAUGACCUGCACAGUCAACCAGCAACCGUCCUGCCUGCUGUCGGCUUCCCCGGGGAAGUCCGAGGACAUAGCACAGGGUGGGAGAUGGCCCUAGCAUUUGUGGAGUAGCUGCGGUGGACCAGGCACCGUGCUCAGUGCUGGCCUCUGCUAUCUCGUUAACCCUCACAGCAAAUCUGCAACAUAGCCAGUCACCCACCACAGAGCCUGAACUUUAGCCCAAUUUAUCUGGAGCCGUAAUCUGGGCUCCUUCCAUUUUUUUCCAUACCGCUUUCCAAAAGCAUGUGGUUCCCUCUUUCGAUGGAACCGGUCCAGUUCCGUAUGCUCUCCUCCCUUGCCGCAUGGUGCCUCCGAUGCCCUGACCCCACAGCCUGAGAAGCUGUGCUCGGUCCUGCAGGGGCAGAGCUGCGUGCUCUGGGUCUUUCCAGAGUCCCUGUUUCUCCCCAGGACACCCCUCACCUCUUCCUACAACCCCCCCCCCCCCCAACCCGCCAGGGAAUGUGAUCUUCCCUCGGCUUAGUGAGCAUCUCACUGGUCAGGCCUCUUCAUGUGCCUUCUCGUCUUAGAAUUCUCUGUGGUUCUUUGCUUUAGCAUCAAACUUCCCCCGCUCCUGUCGUAUCGGUUCACUAUCUCCUUUUUUUCCAUCACGUACCGAUAGUCUGGUGAUGGGUGCCGUACAGGAUGUAAGCGAAAUUGCAAUGUUUUCAGCCUUUUGAAGUGGUCUUUUAGGAAAGCAUUUCUGGGUUGUGUUUAUGUUGAGUGAGUCUGUGAACACCAAUACGUCUGUAUCAGGCCGACCAUGUCGCAGCGAUCAUUCCAGAUACAGUACUGCAAAGAGCUUAAUUUCAGAAUUGAAUUCCACCUGUGUUGCCCUUUUACAGCAAUGACUUUGAGAUGCAUGUCUUUGUAUCAUAUUGAAAAGUGUGUUUUUAUUUUCCUUCAAGUUGUAAUAUUCUGUUUGGAACUGUACAUAUUUUAAGUGAUGUAGCUUUGACAGGUUUUAUCUGGUUGAUACGACUUCAUAUUAAAAAGGGAAUGCUGCUUUCCUGUAGAGUAGCACGUGAAAAUGGGGAUCCUGAGAUACUCCCUGUUUGUAUAAAGCUGCUUAUAGCUUGUGAUGGGGGUGGGUGGGUGUAUGUCUUACUCUGAAAUUCUCUGGAACCUCCAUCCCUGUCCUCCCCUGAAAAUCCCUGUGCGCGCCCCAGAGCCAAGCGAGUUAAUCCCUCCUGUUCUGACCGAAGAGAUCCAGGCCCUGAAGGAACAGGAUCUAGGACAACAAGAGUUUUAUGGGGAGGCUGGGAAAAUGCCUGAGCCAAAGAGCUGUGUGGAAGGAGGCAGACCGCCUGCGGGGGUUGGGGGGGGAAACUCAGUAUCUCUUUGGAAGGAAGACAGGAGGGAGGGAGAGGAACGCGGGGAGGAGAGUGGUCUGUGUUUACCAUUAACUUGGAGCUACAUCGGUGUGAACUCCUGGGUAGACAGCUCGCCUCCUCAAGGCGCAGCCCUAACAAGUCAAAGUGUCUGGGCUGUGGUGACCAGAGAGCCAGAGGGUCUUUGGCAUGGGGUGGGGCCUUGUUCUGGUUUAUUCCCCAUGUUGAAAUAAGCCUUCUUUAAACCUUAGCUCCAGUCCUGAGAGCCUUGAGAGAACUUGAAAUCCCUUUUCUAAUAAAGUCUAAGUCUGUGAGAA